UCCUGUUGUGGAUACCAGCAAGGUUGCCACGGGGCCUGCCAUCCUCCUUUUAAUGCGCCCGCAGCAGGUGCCCCUGGUCGAAGGAGAGACGGACGGUGGGGUCGCAGCUGGGAGCCGGCGAUUGAGACCGAUUGGCAGCGGCGUUCCAGGUGCCGGUCCAGCCUGAGAGCGGAGGGCCGGAGCUGAGGAAGGGGCCGUCCAGUCCCCGAGGCGCGGUGGGCAGCGCCGCCCCCAAAGGCCGGCGGUCGAGGCCGAGGCGGGGCCUGCUGGACCACUGUCGCCCGUUGGACCCCGACGCGCUGCUUCUCUCCGUCGCCGGCAGCGGCUCGUCCGCUCGCUCGUCCUGCCGCCGCGGUGCCGCCGAUCCCCACCCAUGGCCGCAGCGAGGCGGGCGCUGAUCGUGCUGGCCCACCAGGAACCGGGCUCCUUCAACCACGCCUUGCAGCGGGCGGCCGUCGAGGCGCUGGAGAGCGGCGGCUGGAGCGUGGCCGUCUCCGACCUCUACGCGCAGCACUUCCAGCCGGUCCUGUCGCGCGCGGACUUCGCCGGCGACCCCGACGACCCGCGCAACCUCAACUACGCGAAGGAGGCCGGGCUGGCCUGGGAGGAAGGCCGCCUUAGCAGCGACAUCCUGGGCGAGGUGGAGAAGCUGGAGGCCGCUGACCUCGUCAUCUUCCAGUUCCCUCUGCAUUGGUUCGGCCUCCCGGCUAUCCUGAAAGGCUGGUUCGACCGCAUCCUCAUCCAGGGCUUUGCCUACUCCUACGGCGCUAUGUACGACCAGGGGCCUUUCCAGAAGAAGAAGGCCCUGCUGUCCUUCACCACUGCCGGGAUGGGCUCCAUGUACACCCCAGCGGGCAUCAAUGGAGACAUUAACAUCAUGCUCUGGCCGAUACAGAGUGGCACCCUUCAUUUCUGCGGCUUCCAAGUCUUGGCUCCCCAGAUUGCUUUCAGCAUCGGCCAGCGCACUCCGGAGGACGUCCGUUCCCAAAUCCUGGAGGACUGGAAGAAGAGACUGGCAACCAUCUGGGAAGAGACACCCCUCCGCUUUGCCCCAAACUGCCUUUUUGAGCUGAAUCCGGCUCAGGGCUUUGUGCUGAAGGAAGAUGUCAGGGAAGAGCAGGGAAAGGAGCCCUACGGGCUGACUGUGGGCCAGCACCUGGGGAAGCCAUUCCCACCAGACAGCCAAGUCAAGGCCCAGGAGAAGCGACUGUCCCGUUGGGAAGCUGUGUAGGGUUGCAGUGUGGCCAUGAGCCCACUUCUCCCCCUCCCCUAGAAAUCAGCCGGUGCAGGGAAAGGGGCCCCUCCGCAACAGGGCCUAGUUAAGACAAUGGGGGGGGGGGUCUUUCAGGCUCUUUCUCUUGGUGGUGUAAUUGGGGGCUUCCAUUGCCUUGAAGGGCUGCUGGCCACGGGGUCAGAGGGGUCUGCUAGCCUUGCUUCAGCACUUGUGUGCCUAAACCCCGGGGGCCUUUUCACGUAUUUAGGGGGCUGUCGGUGCCUGCUUUUAAUCUGUCAGAAGUUGGGUCCGAAGUGAUCAUUGCCCCUCCUCCUCCUCCCUCUGUAAGUGUUCUUUGUGAAAUAAAAGCCCUGAAUGUGGACCUUA